CACCUCUGCGUCUGUUUCUCCCCCCAGGCCUCCUACGACCCCUACACGUACCCGGGUGACUAUGACAUGCACACAGGAGACCCCAAACAGGAUCUAGCCUAUGAACGCCAGUAUGAGCAACAGACCUACCAGGUGAUCCCUGAAGUGAUCAAAAACUUCAUCCAGUAUUUUCAUAAAACUGUCUCAGAUCUGAUUGAUCAAAAGGUGUAUGAGCUUCAGGCCAGCCGGGUCUCCAGUGAUGUCAUUGACCAGAAGGUGUAUGAGAUCCAAGAUAUCUAUGAGAACAGCUGGACCAAACUGACUGAAAGGUUCUUUAAGAACACCCCUUGGCCAGAGGCAGAGGCCAUUGCACCACAGGUUGGAAACGAUGCUGUCUUCCUGAUUCUGUACAAGGAGCUGUACUACAGACACAUCUAUGCCGCUGUAAAGGGUGGCCCCUCUUUGGAGCAGAGAUUUGAGUCUUAUUACAACUACUGCAAUCUCUUCAACUACAUCCUCAAUGCUGAUGGCCCUGCCCCCCUGGAACUGCCCAAUCAGUGGCUUUGGGAUAUCAUUGAUGAAUUCAUCUACCAGUUCCAAUCAUUCAGCCAGUACCGCUGCAAAACCGCUAAGAAGUCUGAAGAAGAAAUUGAUUUCCUUCGGUCGAACCCCAAGAUCUGGAAUGUCCACAGUGUCCUCAAUGUGCUGCACUCCCUGGUGGAUAAGUCCAACAUCAACCGACAGCUAGAGGUCUACACCAGUGGAGGUGAUCCUGAGAGUGUGGCUGGAGAGUAUGGUCGUCACUCGCUCUAUAAGAUGUUGGGCUACUUCAGUCUUGUGGGGCUGCUGCGCCUCCAUUCUCUGCUGGGGGAUUACUACCAGGCCAUAAAGGUUCUGGAGAACAUUGAACUCAACAAGAAGAGCAUGUAUUCCCGGGUGCCAGAGUGCCAGGUCACUACCUAUUACUAUGUGGGCUUUGCAUACCUUAUGAUGCGGCGUUACCAGGAUGCCAUCCGGGUCUUCGCCAACAUUCUCCUUUACAUCCAGAGGACAAAGAGCAUGUUUCAGAGGACUACCUACAAGUAUGAGAUGAUCAACAAGCAGAAUGAGCAGAUGCAUGCCCUUCUGGCCAUUGCCCUCACCAUGUACCCCAUGCGAAUAGAUGAGAGCAUCCACCUACAGCUAAGGGAGAAGUAUGGGGACAAGAUGCUGCGCAUGCAGAAGGGUGACCCACAGGUGUAUGAGGAACUCUUCAGCUACGCCUGCCCCAAAUUCCUCUCCCCCGUGGUUCCCAACUAUGACAAUGUGCAUCCUAACUACCACAAGGAGCCUUUCCUGCAGCAGUUGAAAGUAUUUGCCGAUGAGGUACAGCAGCAGGCCCAGCUGUCCACCAUCCGCAGCUUCCUGAAGCUCUACACCACCAUGCCUGUGGCCAAGCUUGCUGGCUUCCUGGACCUCACAGAGCAGGAGUUUCGCAUACAGCUGCUAGUCUUCAAGCAUAAGAUGAAGAACCUGGUUUGGACCAGCGGCAUCUCAGCCUUGGAUGGGGAGUUCCAGUCAGCCUCUGAGGUUGAUUUCUACAUUGACAAGGACAUGAUCCACAUUGCGGACACAAAGGUCGCUCGGCGCUAUGGGGACUUCUUCAUCCGCCAAAUCCACAAGUUUGAGGAGCUGAAUCGAACUCUGAAGAAGAUGGGCCAGAGACCCUGAAAUGUCUACUCACUGUCACCAGGCCGACCGGCAAUGAGGAGGGAAAAUUAUUGUAUUUGCUGCAGGGUGGGAGAUUAAGAAUUCUGGCAUUUUUGGACUCUCUUGUAGUGCUGAAGUGUCCUCUAGGCAAGCUGCUCAGCUCACAAUACCACAAAGGACUGAGAUUAACUAAUAAACAAUUGAGUUCUUC